AUCGAACCCAUCGAGCGGGAACCCAGUUCGUGUCUGAGCUUCAGUUCCACCGCCCCGACUCCUUGACCGUCAUCGUCGAGAGGACCGGCUCCAAGCGGCGCGAAAAGAACCGACCUUUAAGUCAUCGAUUCUCGAAAGGCUGCGAUGGACAUCCCUCUGCCUGUUCAUAAAUUAGCUCUGCAUUUGGUUAAUCACGAUGACAAGGACAAGAAGUACGUAGUUCUAGUAGCAACUGGAAGUUUCAAUCCUCCUACCUAUAUGCAUUUACGAAUGUUGGAGCUGGCAAGAGAUGCACUAAAUUCAGAAGGCUUUUGUGUAAUUGGAGCUUAUAUUUCGCCUGUUAAUGAUGCAUACAACAAGAAGGGACUUAUAUCUGCUGAACAUCGUGUACAGAUGUGUCAUCUAGCUUGCAAGAGUUCAGAAUUUAUAAUGGUUGAUCCGUGGGAGGCAAGACAAAGUAGCUUCCAGCGCACCUUAACUGUUCUAUCUAGAGUCAAGGGUUUCUUGUCUGAGGCUGGUAUGAUACCAAGUGAAUCCCUCAAGUGCAUGCUUGUAUGUGGUUCUGAUCUACUCCAGUCUUUUGUCAUUCCUGGAUUUUGGAUUCCUGAGCAGGUGAGAAGCAUACGUGGAGAUUAUGGUGUGGUUUCCAUUCGCAGGGAUGGACAAGAUGUUGACAAAAUUAUCUCAAAUGAUGAAAUUUUGAAAGAGAACAAAGGUAACAUAAAAGUUGUGGAUGAACUUGUACCGAACCAAAUAAGUUCAACGAGAGUAAGGGAUUGCAUUUCAAGAGGAUUGUCAAUAAAAUAUCUGACUGCAGAUGAAGUAAUUGAUUACGUUAGAGAUCAUCGUCUGUACUUGAACACAAAUGACAAAUGAUGAUAUUGUCUUCAUCAAGGGAUGUACAUGGUUAUGAGAUCGUUCUGCAGAAAGCAGAAACCAAUAAUUAACUAAUCGAUUGAUACCGCACAUUAUGUUUGGCAAGGGAGUAGACAGCAUUCUGGAUUUUCUUCAUUGUUUUAUUUUUCAAAUUGUGUUGAAGUUCA